UUCUGAUUUCUUCAGUCAGAUGGUGUUGUGUUAUUGUUUAUUUUUAUGAUUGAGUUCGGCGAUAUUAUCAAAAUUCCUCGUAAGAAAAUACGUUGUAAAUAAAAUACAUUUGAAUAUGUGAGGUAAAGAUUCGAAAUUACUAUGCGCUGUUCGUUGACGAAAAAUGUCGGCUUCUUCAUUGUGUUCCUGAACGUCGUACUAGUUUAUUACACCUGGAAAACGUUUAAUUCGUAUGAACCCUUGAAAUCGAAACUAUUUGAGACGAAAGCAGUCAAAAGCAUUAUAAGCAAGUCGUCUAUAAAUCAUGUCAGUAAAUCGACGACGGUAGUAAUACGUGACUUUGAGCUGCAUGAGAAUGAUGUCAGUGCAACUGUUCAGUCCUUUAUCAAAGUCUUUCCUAACAUACAGAUAAUAAUUUUAUCCAGGGGGUUACCAUAUCCUCCAUUACAGUUUCAUGGCAAUGAGACUGUUAGGAAUGUUAAGGUUAUCAAUUUAGCAGCAAAAUUUGAUGUUCCCUACCAAAGCAAUCCAUUGAGUUUGAUCAAGACCAACUAUGUGCUGUUUGUGCCUGAUUCUAGUAGAAUCCUGCAUCGACAGUACAUCCAGACUAUGAUAAACCAUUUGAACAGUGGAGAAAAAAUGGUUGCUGUUGGUUACUCACAGAGCAAAAAUCUGACUUGUUUGCAAGCUAACUUGACACUAAGGGAGUGGAGUCUUAAAUUUAAAACUGUUAAGGAUGAUUGUGAUUUUGUUCAAGGGAAACAUGCUAUGAUGAUUGAUUUAGGUACAUUGAACAAAUUAAAUGAUCCAUUCCUUUUGCCAUCACCACAUUCUAUUUAUUUGCAAACAACAUAUUUUAAAUUAAAGGUAAAGAUUUUGUAUGGUAUACAAUUUCAAGAUGGGAAACCUUUAUUUCACUCGCAUCAUUCACAAAAAUUGAAAAUAAAAUCCGAUCAGGAUAAAUUUAAGAAGUUGUACCAGAGAUUUAACGUAAAGAGGGUGCGUAAAGAGAAUGGGAUGGUGGAGAAUUAUGGGUGCAAUCGAGAUACUGCUAGAUGUUUCGGGUCUAUUAUUAAUUAUACGCCCUCUUAUAUCUACGAGAAUAAAACUAUGCCCCCUUGUUGUUUGGCCAAUCUUCGAAGGACUGCUCAACACGUGUUUAAUACACUGCAUGAAUCCGGUAUACGUCAUUGGUUGGAGAUUGGUAGUCUGAUCGGGGCAAUGCGAACGGGAGACGUGAUACCGUGGGAUUUCGACGUUGACAUUGGAUUCAAUAGGGACGAUCUAGCACGGUGCACGUGGUUGAAGAGGGCGUCCUCGAAGCCUAUCGUAGACGCAAAGGGUUUUCUCUGGGAACGAGCAACUGAGGGCAACUUUUAUCGCGUGCAUUUCAGUAAAGCUAAUCGCGUUCAUGUGAAUCUGUUGCCGUUCUAUGCGCGCAACGGGAGCAUGUUGAAGGAUGCAUGGUUCACAAGUAUGGGAAUGGACUUUCCUGAGCACUUUUUGCAUCCCAUGUCCAGCAUUGAAUUCCUCGGCCGCCAGGUGCCCAGUCCCAAUAAUAUUCGUGACUUCCUGGAGCUUAAGUUCGGGCGGGGCAUUGUUGAGAACGCCCACUAUCCUGAUUUCAAAUUUAAAUUCACAUAGGCUCAAAUAAUUAAUUAAGUAUUAUUACGUUGACAUGAUAUUACUUUCAGUAUUACAUUAUCCCGAAUUUGAAUGAAUAGUAGACUGUUAUUUAUAAGCUCGUCGCUGACACAAUCAUUCACAGUCUUUGUACGUCUC